AUGAGAACAUAUGAGAGAUACUGGUGGUGGGUUAAGAAGAAGAAGCAGAUGGCUUUGGUGUUGUUCAUGAUAGUAACGUUGAUGCUUCAACUCCAGAUGAAAGGAUGUGUCGGUUGUCUGGAAACUGAACGGAUGGGUCUGUUGCAACUCAAGAAUGGUUUUAAAGUAGAAGAAGAAAGCAUGCUGAAAUCAUGGAGUCAUGAUGAUCCUAGCAGUGAUUGCUGCCACUGGAAAAGGGUAAAGUGUAGUGACGCUACUACCGGUGGCCACGUAGUCCACCUCUCGCUUGAUGAACUCAUACCCGCCAGUUAUGAGUUAGAAAACCAGUCUCCAAAUCUGUCUUUGUUCCAUAGCUUCCCUCGACUCCAAAACCUUAAACUUUCGUUCAAUAAGUUCAGUGACUUGUUUGAUCCCAUCAAUGUACUGACAGGUAUGCCAAUGUUGCAAGAACUGGAUCUAAGUAAUAAUGGAUUCACCGACUUCGACAAGCUAGGUGUAAUGCUUCCUUCAUCUUUACACGUACUGAAUCUUGCAAACAAUCAAUUACCAUCGACACCAAAAGGCUACUUGAAGAUUUGCGCAUUAAUGAAUUUUAGAGAACUAGAUUUAAGCUCCAAUGCUUUGACAAAUACUCCUUAUUGUCUGGCAAACCUAAGCCGUCUUCGAACUCUUGAUCUAUCCGAAAACAAAAUCAGUGGAGACUUGUCUUCCUUUGUACCUGGUCUACCAUCAACGCUUGAGUACUUAUCCCUUUUUGAUAAUGACUUCAACGGUUCCUUCUGGUUCAGUUCGCUGGCCAAUCACACAAGACUCACAGUAUUCAAGUUGUCAACGAAACUUGGUACGAUCCAAACUCAGGCUGAGAGCUCCUGGCUUCCACCAUUUCAGUUGAAGAUACUUAAGCUAAAGAAAUUCAAUCUUGGCAGCACAAUCCCUAGCUUUCUUGCUCAUCAACAUGACUUGCGCUCUGGCUUGAUAUACGGUUCACUUCCAGAAGACAUAGGGAUUGUUUUUCCACAUCUAAGGUACAUGAACUUUUCUUCAAACCACAAUCAUGGAACCAUUCCAUCUUCUAUGGGCGAGAUGAAAAGUCUAGAAUUCUUGGACAUGUCCUCUAAUUAUCAGAUGUACGUGGUUGCUACUCUCUCAGCGUUCUGA